GUGACGGGACAAUAAUGAUUAUUACUUUGAUUGCUGCACGAUAGCUCUCAUUGAACUUCUUGUCAAGACAUCGUCUUCAGAGCUACACCGCGCAACCUCAUACAUCAUGGCAGCUGCCACUUCCACCUCGUCGGACGUCGCCAAGCCGUUCGACAUUGUCGCAACGUACAAUGAGCUGCUCCGCUCUGACCCAGAUCUGACCAUGCCAAUCGCCGCUAUUGAAGCUCUGGUGCUUCUCCUCACACAUUCCCCCUCCUCUACGAUAUCCGAGACGCUCGAUCUGCUGGAGAAAUCCACCGCACACCUGAAACAGUCGAUCCCCAAUCCCAUUGGUCUUUCUGCCGGAACCGACCUCUUCCAGCGAUAUCUGAUCACUACACUACAGAGACCCGGGCAACUCGGACCCGCUGGAGACUUUAACGCCAUUAGGGCGCACCUGCUCUCCAAUGGCCGGUUGUUUAUCAGACGUGCGAAGGAGAGUCGCGACAAGAUUGCGGCGUUCGGAAGAGGAUUCGUCCGGGACGGAAGCACGGUGCUGACGAAUGGUGGCUCCAGAGUUGUCGCCUCGCUGCUACAGCAGGCUGCCGGUGAGAAGGGCGGCCCGUCCGCCGUCCGGUUCCGGGUGAUUUACGUCCUAUCCUCGGCGAAGGGCGACGUUGAGGGCUCGUCCGCGGAGCCAGAGGGUAUGGAGACGGUGCGCGCGCUGCGCGAGAAGGGUGUCCCGGUGGCCACGAUUCCAGAGUCCGCCGUCGCCUACUCGCUUGGCAAGGCCGAUAUGGUGAUCGUCGGUGCGGAGGGUGUUGUAGAGAACGGCGGAAUUGUCUCGCGAAUGGGUACUUACCAGAUUGGUCUGCUGGCCAAGGCCAUGGGAAAGCCUUUCUACGUUGUUGCGGAGAGCCACAAGUUCGUCCGUCUUUAUCCGCUUGGACAGUACGACCUGCCCAUCGAGCAGCGCGUCAUCGAUUUCAAGACCGAGGAAGACGUUGCCGACGAAGCCAAGCAGCAGGAGCAACAAACGCAGCCCCGCACCCCGGAUGUCAAAUCGCCAGAUAGCCAUGAUUCGGUCGACUACACGCCGCCCCAUCUGAUAUCUGCGCUGAUCACGGACAGCGGCGUCUUGACGCCAAGUGCCGUCAGUGAGGAGUUGAUUAAGAUCUGGUUCUAGUUUAUGCUUCUCCGUACUCGUAUCCCAACCGAGAGAAGAGGCAGGUCGCAGCUUGCGGUAUUAGUUGAAUGAAGCGGAUUUUGGCGUUCAGAGGUCAUGAUAUAUCCCAACGCUCAAGGCGUUUGUCGGCUUGGAAAGACGGUGUCUCGUUGUUUUAACUCAGAGAAAAAAAAGUGCAAUAGACUUGUGACUAUAAUUGAUGGCUUUGGCGAUUGGUUCUGCUGCGACUUAAUACAUAGAAGCGCGGCUAUAGUGUGUCACUCAUGGUUGCUCGAAUACUCCGUCCUCCUGUGUAUCCUGCUCUAUAC